AUGAAAAAUUGGCAAAAAGACGUUUUUCAACCAUUAUAUAAACAAGUAACACAUGCUUGUCUUGUUUUAAUUAAAUCUGAACGAAAUAAUGCAAUUAUUAAUACUCAUUUAAUCAGUGGAGUAAUUCAAAGUUAUGUCGCACUGGGUUUUACGGAAGAUACAACAAAUAAUAACCAAAUGACAUCACCAACACCGACAACAAUUUAUAAAGAGUUUUUUGAAGUACAAUUUUUUCAAGCUACAAAACAAUUCUAUAGAUUAGAAGCAGCGACUUUUCUUCUUCAUAAUUCUGUUACUGAAUAUUUGAGAAAAGUAUCACAACGUCUUGAUGAAGAAGUUCAUCGAGUACAGUCUUAUUUACAUCCAUCAACAUUAUCAGCAUUAAUUAAGGCCUCACCCCCCCCCCCCUCCCACUCAAAAAUCGAUCUCAGCCCAGGAACGUUCAAAUGGGCUGAAAUUUGGAGCAUAUAAUCAAAAACACUUCUUCGUGAUGAAAGACAUCAAGAUUUAGCACUUCUUUUCAAAUUAGUCAAUCGAGUACCUAAUGCAACUAAUGAAUUGAAAAAAAUUGUUGAAAAUCAUAUUUAUGAAAUGGGUAUCAAUACUAUUGAACGUGUUAGUGGAACAGCUAUUAAUGACCCGAAACUUUAUAUUGAAACAAUUCUUGAUAUUCAUAAGAAAUAUUUAACACUUGUACAAAAUGUUUUCACGUUGUUUGAUUUUAUGAUUAAUUAUUUCAUAUUUUUGGCUUGUGCUAAAUUUAUUAAUAAUAAUCCAGUGACACAAACAGCUGGUAGUACAACCAAAUCACCUGAAUUACUUGCUCGAUAUUGUGAUAUACUUUUACGAAAAGGAAAUAAAGGUGUUGAAGAAACUGAUCUUGAAGAGAAAUUCAAUCAAAUUAUGAUCGCUUUUAAUUAUGUUGAAGAUAAAGACGUUUAUCAAAAAUUCUAUAGUAGAAUGUUAGCAAAACGAUUAGUUGGUCAAUUAAGUGCAUCCGAUGAUUAUGAAGAAUCAAUGAUAUCAAAACUUAAACAAGCAUGUGGCUAUGAAUAUACAUCAAAAUUACAACGAAUGUUUCAAGAUAUUGGUGUGAGUAAAACUCUUGUGCCUGAAUAUGAAAAGUACCGCGAAAAUCAUCGUGCCACUGGCAUAGCUGAUUUUUCUAUCAUGGUUCUCAGUUCAAACUCAUGGCCAUUUUCUGCUCCAUCGAAUUUCAUUUUACCUAUCGAAGUAAGAUUCUCCUUAUUACUCAUUUCCUUUCAUAAGUGAAUUAUCAUUUUAGUUAAAACUCACAUUUGAUAGUUUCACUGAUUUUUAUACACAUCGUCAUAAUGGAAGAAAAUUAACAUGCCUUCACCAACAUUCUAAAGAUGAAUUACAAACAUUUUUUACUAGACAAAAAUACAGUACUGCUCAAAAAUAUAAGACCACUUUAUUUUUGAUCUUUUUCUAUAAUGCUAAACAGUUAGCUCAAAUUCAAAUAGUGCUUCUAAUAGCCAAUGAAGUUUCCUAUUUAC